UACCACAUCUCCCGCUUCCCAGGCCCACUAAAACCCUAACCCUAACACUUGCCCUAGCCGCUUCUUCUUCUUCUUCUUCUUCUUCUUCUUCCUCGGAGGAGAGCGAGCGAGAAAGGCGCCGCGAAGAUGAGGGCGAGCACGGGCAUGGCGACGAAGGCGUGGGGGAAGAGGAAGGGGACGACGACGUUCGUGAUCGACUGCUCGAAGCCGGUGGAGGACAAGAUCAUGGAGAUCGCGUCCCUCGAGAAGUUUCUCCAGGAGCGGAUCAAGGUCGCCGGGGGCAAGGCCGGUGCCCUAGGCGACGCCGUCGCCGUCGCCCGCGACAAGUCCCGGAUCACCGUCACCUCCGAUGGACCCUUCUCUAAGAGGUACUUGAAGUAUCUUACCAAGAAGUACCUUAAGAAACACAACGUGCGGGAUUGGCUGCGUGUGAUCGCCUCCAACAAGGACCACAGCAUUUACGAGUUGCGGUACUUCAACAUUGCAGAAAACGAGGGCGAGGAGGAAGAGUAGAGAUUAGAAUUUGGUUACUCUUUAAUUUUUUUUUUCUUUGUUUUUAUUCCCAAGAGAGAAAUUCCAUUUGGUGCCAGUCGAUUUGAAUUUGAAACCUUUGAAAUCAUUUCCCACAAUUUUGUUAGAUACUCAGCUUGUCUCUGGUAAUGCACCUGCACACAAUCAAACUACAAUCAUGAAAUGUUGAGUUCUUAGGAUUUGUUAUUCCAAGAA